AACCUUUGCAACCGUUUGUGACGAAACAAUUUUCUUUUGAAUAGAUUUUUAUUUCCUUCCUUCUUUUUCUUUCUCCAAAUCCAAUAAGUUUCAUUUCCUCGUAAAUUCCAAUUUCCAAGCAAAUAUUUUCUCUAUCUAUGGCUUUCUUAGAAGCCGUUUCUUAUUUACCUAAAAAUCUCUCCCGCGUUUCUUCGAAAUUCUUUUCUUGAUUUCCGAUUUCUGGCUUCUUCCUCGAGAAUUCCUUUAUUUUUCCCUCAAAAUUCGCUCUAUAUAAACCGAAUCUCGGAUUGUAUCAUAUCGUAUCCGAUAGGAUCGUGUGUUGUUUUUGUAGUGUAGUGUAUGACGAGCGCAUCGGAGCUGUUUUAUCCGAGGAGGUCGCGGGUCGGCCGAACCACCAACGCUGAGCACGAGCAUUCUAGUUCUGAUCGCAAUUUUCACCUUAAUUACGCUCGCCGCCAUCAUCAUCAUAAUCACAAUCAUAGUCGGCAUGAUUUGGACGGCUGGGAUCCUCUCCGGAGGUCCCCGCACGUGCGUCACCCGUGCCAUCGAUUAUCUUCUCACAAUGAACGUGCCUUAGUUCGGGUUGAUGAGGGUACUAGUCAGUUACCUAGCAAUGGUGCUGGCACAGAAACUUUGAGCAGCGCAAGCAGACCAACAUUGACUGGAAAUGACAGGCUUCCUGGAACUGUGCUGCUUGCAAGGGCAAGACUUCUUGAGAGAUUGAGAGGGGUUUCACUCUCUGGAAACAGGCGAAGUGCCAGGGUGUCAUUUGGCAUUUACAACAGGGAGUAUACAUUCGGUGAUGACUUAAGGGUUGCGGAUGCGGAGGACUGGGGAACUGACAUUGCUCCAGGAUUGCCUGCCAGAGGAACUUCUUUUACAAACUCAACUUAUCAAGCAGAAAGACUGCAAUUAGUGCAGGAAUCAUACAAGAAGAAACCACCAGGUCUAACUUCAGAGGAUCUUGACUGUUUGCAGGUGGAGUUAUUUAGCAGCUUCGAAAGGGGUGUUGAAACGGAAAUUUCUCGAGUGUGGUGGGAUUGUAGUAUAUGUCUUGAAAGUUUCAAGGAAGGAGACAAGCUUGUUCGCCUACCAUGUGAGCAUAGGUUCCACGCUGCCUGCUUGGAUCCCUGGGUUCGAACAUGUGGUGAUUGCCCAUAUUGUCGAAGAGAUAUAGUUGUAGGUAGUCACAAAUCGUAGUAGAGUAAAUAGAUGUCCUCUCUAAAAGAUAUUUACCUUCUCCUUUUCAGUGGCUUGUGUCAUGUUUUAGUGAAACUUUUUGACUUUGAAUUUACUACGCGUACUGUAAUUAUGUUUGAUCUGCAAAACACAAUUAAAUUGAUCUAGUUUUGAGUCCAUUGAUGACUUAUCAAUGGUUUCAUUCCA